AUGCAUAUUAUUCGACGGCCCGACCAUGUUCUGAAGAUCCUCGCCGGCUUCAUUUCAAGUCAGGAGACUCGCGUUGGCUCUCUUCUGGAUUUGGAAGGUAAACUCUUUGAGCGGGUUGUACUCUCCCGGCUACAACCCUUUCUGGAAGACAGCCAGUUAUUCCCGGAUACACUCUUCGGCUACCGACCUAGCCUCUCCACGCAGGAUGUUUUGCUGCAGCUUAAGGAGGACGUGGUGGAUGGCCCCACUACGGCACAGACCAGAGCUAUUCUGGCCCUGGACCUUAAGGGGGCCUUCGACAACGUCUCCCACGACUUAAUUCUCGACAAUCUGGCUUCUUCCCAGUGCGGUGCACGCACCUAUGGCUACGCGAGAGCUUUCCUUUCGGACCGCACGGCCACUAUUGGCAACGCCACAGGGCUCGAUCCUAUCGUCCACCCACUUCAACGUGGCUAUGGCUAA